CUUAGGAAAAGAUGGUGGGAAUAACAGAAGGGCUUCUGCCACCAAAUGUUACAAUUGGUUACUCAAUUCACAAGUGGAGUAGUUACGCUGGUGACUAUCAUCCUUCAAAGAUUCUAUUAGAUGAUCCCUCUGAUCAAAUGUCACGCUGGCAAUCUGGGAGCAACUUUCCCCCGCAGUACUUAACUUUGAAACUUGACAGACCUUCAGUUAUUCGAAAAAUCACCUUUGGAAAGUUUCACAAAAGCCAUGUAUGCAAUCUAAAAAGUUUCACAAUAUUGGGUGGCAUGUCAGAAGAAGGAAUGGUUGAACUCGGCAAGAAGGGAUUAACAAACAAUUCUAAACCUGAAACAUUUGAUCUAGACGAUGCGUUUCAUGGUAAUUACUUUCCUAGCUCAUAUAUUAAGAUAGUCCCUGAUACGACCUGGGGGCCGGCCGCAUUGAACUUCAGUAUCUGGUACGUGAGGCUAUCUGGCGUGUCAGACCCCCUAUAUGUCAACCCCUGUAUUCAGUUUUUCACAAACAGACGUCAGGAAAGAGCAAUUAAGCUCUGCUUGAAACACCUCCGCCAGCACAAUUACAGUGAAGCUUUUGAGUCUCUGCAAAAAAGAACGAAAGUUCAGCUUGAGCACCCCAUGCUAACACAACUCCAUGAAAAGCUCGUGGGUUCUGGGGAUUUCGAUGAAGUGGAAGUUCUGUUAGACCACGCAUUUCACGACGGGUACAUGGAGGAUUAUACAAGCAAGCAAUACUCAGCUAAAUGGGAGCAGAUCCAUGUUCCAGACGGUUCUCCAAGACCCGGUAACCGUGGUGGUCAUCCCAUGUGCAUCGACGAAACAGCCGGCAAAGUAUACCUCUUUGGUGGUUGGGACGGUAAAAAUGACCUGGGAGAUUUUUGGGAAUAUAACAGUUCAGCAAACACAUGGCAGUGCAUUUCAGCAGACACCGAGAUUAAUAGUGGGCCCUGCCGUAGGUCCUGUCAUAAAAUGGUGCUAGAUUCCAAGCACAAGUUAAUCUACAUAUUGGGCCGGUAUUUGGAUGUUAGAGCCCGAGUUAACAUGGAGUUAAAGAGUGAUUUCUAUUGUUAUGAUAUACAGUGUGAUCAGUGGAACUUGAUAAGUAGUGAUACUGGAUCAGAGGGAGGUCCCAGCCUGAUAUACGAUCAUCAAAUGGUCCUCGACUCAGACCUUCAAACCAUCUACAUUUUCGGUGGGAAAAUACUGAACAACAGUGGAAUUAGAUCGGAAGCAGAAUACAGCGGGUUGUACAAAUACCACAUUCCAUCUAAUGUGUGGACUGUACUAAAACCUGACAAUGACCUCAUGUUAAGGUCGAGAUUCGGACAUUCUAUGCUGUACCACCCUGAUAAAAAGCAACUGUUUAUCUUUGCUGGACAGCGAGAGCACUUCCUUGAUGAUUUCCUGGUGUAUAACACGCACAAUGACACGGUAGAAGAGGUCAUGUGCGUGGAUGAGACCAAGGUACCGGAGAGCGGGUUCACAAUGCGCGCUACAAUAGACACCCAGCACCAAGAGAUUCACAUGAUGUCAGGUCUGAGCAAGGACCACCGGAACGGGAGUAAGGAUUACACUGAUGCUAAGACGAAGAUAUACGUGUAUAGUCUUAAGAGGAACAAGUGGAAUGAGGUAGGAAAGAACGCAGGGUGUACAGAACCAGAACCGUGUCCCAGAUUCGCUCACAUGUUGGUUUACGACAGUAGGAAAAAACUACAUUACAUGUUUGGAGGUAAUCCAGGAGCAGGUAAUCCUAUGGAACGUGGUACAGAUAUGGACAGGAGAUUGGACGAUUUCUGGUGUCUUCGGAUAAAGAGGCCAGCCUUUGGAGAUAUGAAGCGGGCUCUUCAGUUCCUCGUAAGGAAGUUCAAGUUCCGAGAUAUGAGUCUACGAGAUCCUGUUGGGGCACUCCUCUACCUCCAGCAACAUGUUGAGGAGGUUGUUGACCACAGCAACAAAGAAGAAGAACACCAAUUUCAGGAGCUGGUAGUCAGUGUGUUUGAUAACAGUUCCCAGCGGGACACGUACACCAUACGUACUGAACUGUUUGAUGUGCUGAUGGCCUACUUCCCUGAGAGCAUGUCUCAGCCUAAAGAUAAUCUCACUGAUUAUGUCCCUCCUGUUUAAUUACCAGGCAAAAUAACAGAUAAUAUUAUUGCCAAAGAAGAAGACUUUGUGACGAACAGAUGAUUGUUGAUGAUGAGAGACUCUCCCUGGUAUUAGUUAGCUUUAGGUGGUAAUUAGCAGAUCAAUUAGCGCGGUAAUUAGCAGAUCAAUUAGCAGAUCAAUUAGCGUGGUAAUUAGCAGGUAAAUAAGAUUAAAGAUUGUAGUAAACUAUUUAAAUACCAGCUGUAGCCUGUAAUGCACUGUACUAUUGGCCGCAGAGCCACACUUUGACUUAAUUACUGAUACCUCUCCAACAAGACCUGACAACUUUACAAGGCCAAAAGAGAUAAAGCCUGAAGUAAGUUUGAUAGCAGUGAUACAGAGUUAUUUAUAACUAGGUAAUGUAGCGUAAUAAUUCAGUAAUAUAAAGUGAGAUUAUAGCGGGUUUUGGUGAGGGAUUAUAUUACAGUUAAUAUUCUAGAGAUAAGGACUUACUUUAGUUUUUAAACUGAAGUUAAAACUUCAGUCAAAUACAAUAACAACAAUAAAACGGAUAUAUACUUGAAUAUUAUAGAAGUCUGCUGAUUUUAUUUUCAUGUAUUGAAAGUAGAAAGUAUUAUUAGGAAAUACAAUUUCGAUGGUUUCUUAAUUAAAUGUUUCACUUAGAAAUAGGGAUCGCAGAUAUGCGUAAUAUUUCUAUAUGUUUCGAGGUUUUAGCUUCAUACAAUAUUUAUUGUUAUAUUUUGUGACGGGGUUUUAUUAAAUGCAAUUAGCUUAUGUGGUAGUUUGGCAUUGUAUUUGAUAUGAGUUAUUUUAAGUUGUUUUGCUUGUAGAUUUUAUUUGAAAAUGCUUGUAAGCUAAACCAUUUUUUGUGCUUUAUAUACACCAUAUUAAAAUGUUUUGCUUUAUACACAAUUGUUUUGAAACGUUGCACGGUGUUAUCAUGUGCUCUGGUUAAGUUAUUAAUUGGUUAAUAGCCAAUUAAUUAGCUAAUUAAAGAAUUUUGAGGUAACAUUUUAUGCAUAAUUGAUUUGUGCGAUUUUUAGCUUUACAAGCGUUGAUAUAUUCAGUUUAUGUU